GAGCAAAAGUAUUCAUCUUGCAGGAAUGCGUUCCUCCCCCACCUCUCUCCGCUUGGGGGAAGGGUGCGUUUGGGACAAACCUCCCCGGUCUCAGCGCAACAGGUAGGAGAGGUACCCCUACCAGACGUCACGCCCAGAGCAGGCCCAUCACUGUUGGGUUUCAGGGACCCUCACCAGUGUUGCGUUUCACACUACCGAAACACCGGUCGGCAGGUUAUGGUGGGCUGUCAAUAGCAACGUCACAUUAAGUGGCUACCAAAAACACAGGUGACAUGUGUUUUCAAGCCAACCUUGAUAACUUCCCCUCAGCUGACUUCCAAUGGCGGCCCAGAGGAAAAUAAGCCCAGACCUGUUCUACCCCACAGCUUGUCCUGCAGGGCUCAGGAGAGGCCUACACUCCACUCGCUCCAGACAGAGACACGACAGCCUAUCGGUGAUGCCGUCUCAUGUACUAAUUGUAGGUGCAGCUGAAUUGGUGUGAGCUGAAGAUUUGGAGGCGUGGUCUGUAGAUGGAGUCACCCAGUCAGUGUAAAGCGCCCCCUGUUGGAGCUUUAGGAGAGGGCGUCUCACCUGACGCUCUAAGGGUCAACAUCUUAGCUGCGGACGGAAGCUGUGUCUCUGCACCUGUGCUGGUUAACUCUCAGGUUCAUGGGGAUGUCCUCAUAAAAGUGAUGAAUGAUGUACAGCUAAACACUGAUUCAGGUCUGGAACCCACCCUAUUUGACUAUAAGGAGUCCAUUAGGACUCACUAUAAGAGAGUGCAGGAGUACAACUCCCUCCCAGCCGAGGACGUGCUGCUGACUGACCGCUACACUGACCUGCUGAUGGUCCAGAACCACCGGCAGCAGAAAGAGAGAGAGGUGGAGAUCUCUUUCAGAGGAGCAAGUUUCUUCAGUGCCAGGGAGGCAUAUCAAAGCACCACUGUGGACCAGUUCUUCAGUCCUGAUGACCGUGGAGAUGUUCCUAGAGCAGUCAUUCUUCAGGGCCACUCUGGACAUGGCAAAUCCUUUACGGUACAGAAGAUCAUGUUGGACUGGGCAUCAGGCAACCUCUACCAGGAUCGAUUUGAACUUAUUUUACACUUGAGAUGUAAAGAACUGAACCAGGUGUCAGGAAAGCGGUGUGUGGUUGAUCUUGUGAGCUGCAGUCAGAAAUAUACCCCGCUGAUCUCACAGAAACUAAAGGACUCACCUCAGAAGGCGCUCCUCCUCAUAGAUGGAUUUGAUGAACUCCAAUUCCCAAUGGAUGAAAUCAGUGACUCACCUGUCAAAGACCUUUUGACACCAGCUCCUGUUGAGGCCACUCUGAGUGCUCUGUUGAAGGGGUCAAUCCUUCUUGAUUGCUUCCUGCUGGUCAGCACCAGGCCCACUGCUGCAGACACACUGAGUAAACUGCUUAAAGGCCCUCAGCGCUCCACUGAGAUCCUGGGCUUCUCUGAGAGCGGGGUGCAGGAGUACUUCCAGAGGUUCUGUCAAGAUCAGCAGGUAGCAGAGAAGGCAUUCAGCAGUGUGAAGGCAAACGAAACCCUCUUCACUUCCUGCUCCAUUCCAGUCAUAUGCUGGAUUGUCUGCACAGUUUUCUGGGAGCAGUUAAAAGAAAAUGCUGAAAUGGCCGAGCCGGAAACAACCACCUCCAUAUUUGUGGAUUUUGUGUCCACUCUGCUGGAGCACCACUGCCAGCAUUUGAGUCAGCCCGUCCCCACUCUGCUGAGGAGCCUGGGCCAGCUCGCAGAGAGAGGGAUGCUGGAGCAGCGAGUCCUGUUUGAGAAAGAGAGUGUGGAAAGUAAAAUCUCAGAUCUAGCAAGGGUUCCCUUCCUGUGCAAAUUCCUCCUGAAGAAGAAAGUCCGAAAGAAAGAAAUGUUCAGUUUCAUGCAUCUGAGUUUCCAGGAGUUCUUCACUGCACUCUACUACACCUUUGACCAGAAUGAGGAGAAAGUCGAAGAGCUGCUCAAAUCUUUCCAAGGGGGUGAAAUGAAAUCGCAUCUCCUACCUGUCAUUCAGUUUCUGUUUGGCCUCUCAAAUAGAGAAGUCAUGCAGGACUUAGAGCAUCUCAAACUGCCUUCCCCAUCCUCCAUUCGAAGGCAGCUAGAAGAGUGGAUGCUUGGACUCAUCAAAGGGAAUUCGGACUCUAAGAAGGCUGACAUGACCCUCUUCAUACUCCACUGUCUCUAUGAGCUCCAUGAGGGAAAGCCAUGCGAGGACAACCACAAGGAAACUCCAUUUGUGUGCCGAGCCAUGGAGGCUUGGGGUGAGAUUAAUUUUGACUCCAUUCCCCUGACGAGGACAGACUGCUGGGUGCUGCGGUACUGUCUGCAGUGCUGCCCGACCAUCAGAAGCCUGGAGCUAAAUAACUGCAACAUGACAGCAGACAAGCUGAGGAUGCUGCAGCCUGCACUGAGCAGGUGUGAGGAGCUGGGGUUUGGUAUGCAGGACCUGUCGGAUGUGGAUGUGGGUGAUCUGAUCUCAGCACUCGGAGAGGGAAAGAUCCUGCACAGACUCUAUGCAUUCCACAGCAGUCUGUCAGAGGAGAGUGUGCAGCAGAUCUUCAGCGCCCUCUACAGGCAGAAGUCUGUGGGCAGAGUUGGACUCACUGUGAAGACCAUCACCCUCACCACUGCUGAGAGACUAUUGCAGUUCUACAGGAACACUCAGAUUGGGGAUUUUGUGGGGGUGGGUCUACCGGAGGAGGCUGGGCAAGCGGAGAGUCUCUGUUCUGUUCUCGUGCUGAGAAAAGUGAAGAACUAUUUUGGGCUGCUGAUUGGCCACUUUGCAGGCCCAGCGGCAGAGAGCUCAGGGCUGAAGCUCAUCCUGCUGUUCUCCGCGGAGAUGUCCAGCGCCACCCUGAGUAGGAUCCUCCAGGCCUUUCAUCCACUGAGACGCCCAGCAGAGAACAGUCCAGAGUACGAUGAGUGUGUGGAUGCUCUAAUGGCGCAUCUGUCCCCUCUGCCUGAUCUGAUGGAGGUGACUCUGUCGACGGGCUGCCUGACUGAGAUCUGGGCCAAUAGGAUCCUCACCCUCAUCCACACUUGCCCCCAGUUAAGGGAAGUCCAGUUUGGUGCCGCCAUCUUUGAUGGGAGUCGGGAUGGGGAGUCGGGGUUGCUGCUGGAGGAAGGCGUCCGCUCACUCAAGGAGGCGCGGACGCGUCCAGGCUGCAAAGUCACACUUCACGGGAAACGCUGCAGUAAGCCUGCUGACCCGUGCACUAGACUAAGGGACCGGGAGCUCAGCUGUAACAAUGUGUCUAUAGUGGGCAUGAAAACGUCACCUGUGGAGGACACGACUGACCAUCAGGUGACCUGUGCCGGACAUGAGGCAUCCGCAACACAGAGAGAACAUGGGGACUCGGAGAAGGACCAGGAUCCCUUACAAUUCUUUGCAAGUCACUUUGAAUGAAAUAAGAUGCCAAUAUAAUUAAAUCCAAACCAGAUUAGUUGGUGUUGAAGUAAUUCUGGAAAUAAUCAGUACUACGACUGUGCUUCUGUCCUGCGCUGUGUGGAUCCCUUUUUUAAAAUUAUAUUUGUGCAUUUCAGUUGGACAGAUAUUUUGAACAAAUUUUAAACAUGUAGAUCACUGGCAGCAAUUUCAACCAACCAAAUGAAUGAAUCCAAAAGUGGCUACUGCCAAUGUAUGCAGGUAGACCGUGGUGAACUUGUCA